UGUUCAAAAUGGCUGCCGACCAAGAGUGAUAUUUGAAAUGUCGGCUCGAAAUAAAGUCGCUCGUGGCUCUAUUAAAAUCCCUUGGAACAAGUUUGGCUAUGAUCGACUUCCAGAAAGAUUUUCCCGAUCUUUGCCCGGCUCAAAAAGGAAGAAUAAACCACGAGUACAGAAAGAAUGGCCCGUUGUCAGAGGCGAUUUGGUUCAGAUCCUGAGUGGAAAAGACAAAGGAAAACAGGGAAAAGUAAAGGAUGUCAUCAGAUCUAAGAACACUAUUCUUGUGGCGGGGUUAAAUACAGAACUUCAAAAAUUGGAUGCAACGGACGCCACACCAGGCACUUUUAUUCGCAUGGAGGAACCAUUGCCUUACUCAGAUGUUGCUUUGGUUGACCCUUCAGACAAACAGCCAACAUCAGUGAGUUUUCGCUUCACGGAGGAGGGAGAGAAAGUGCGCGUUUCAGACAGAACAGGACGGAUCAUUCCUAAACCACCUUGGGAAAGACGGGACUGGAAAGCACGUUCAGCUCUGAAAGAUGGUCCCCAGGACACGAGUCCCGCGAGUGCCACACGCAGUACCUACCUCCCAACAUUACUUCAUUUCCACGAGGAAAUCAUGUUGCUGCAAGGCAUUAAACCUUCCGUACCGAAAACUAAACCUUCACUAAGAGAUAUUAUAAUAAAAGAAAUGGAAAAGAAGCUUCCAUCUACUGAACUCAAAGAAUCUGUACCACAACCUGGACUAUGGAUGAGAAUGUAUUUAUGGUCGCAAAGAUUUUUGGGCAGGUUGCCUUUCUUCAAGAGAUAGCAAAAUGGGAAAUAUGAUAUUUUGAAAAUAAA